AAGGGGUGGAUGGCAUCACGUGACCUAAAAGUUACAACAUGGCGGAUUUUCAGUGAACCAGAUUUGCGGAUCUCUCAUUGCACAGAAAACUUCGCUUCACGUCAACUUUACUCAAAUCAAGGACAGACUAAAGACUUCAAGUCGAUUAAGACCACAGGAGGACCUAAUUUAGGAGGUCAAGAUGCAUUUUUCGAUCCCGGAUACGGCGGAAUGUAGCGACGAAGGAGGCGCUUACACUGCCUUCAACAUCCAUGUGAAUGGUGUGGCCCACUGUUCAGUCCGCUACAGUCAACUGCACCACUUCAACGAACAGAUGAAGAAAGAGUUUGGACAGGCCAACCUGCCCCCCUUCCCUCCCAAGAAGCUCCCCCUGUUCACUCUGACCCCCCAGCAGAUAGAGGAGAGGAGAGAACAGCUGGAGAGGUACAUACAGAUAGUGAGCCAAGAUCCAGAGAUCAUUGGCAGUGAUGUCUUUAACAGCUUCUUAAAUCAAGCUCAACAGGAGACACAGAAGGCGGAGCCAGAGUCUGUAGAGCUGGAUGUUUUCUUAAUGAACGGCCACAAGAUCUCAGUCAGUAUCAUGUCUACAGACCAAACAGACGAUGUCUUGGAGACGGUUGCCUCCCAGAUUGAGCUCUCAGAUGACUUUGUCUACUACUUUGCCCUCUUCCUGGUGAAGAAGGAAAAAGAUGGCGGGAAUUCAAUUGUAAGGAAGCUACAGGAGUUUGAGUCCCCCUACAUAUCACUUAAGACAGCUGAGACUGAAGCCAAACACAGAAUAGUCCUUAGGAAAAACUUUUGGGAACCCAGCAUGGACAACGAUCUCCUUGACGACAGGAUAGCGAUGAACCUGCUGUAUGUGCAGGCGGUGAACGAUAUUGAGCGAGGAUGGGUGUUCGCCGCGAAGGACGUCCACAAACAACUUGCCGCGCUCCAGGCCAAAGGUUCCAAGAAAGAGUACCUAAAACUUGCCAGAACACAGAAGUCGUACGGUUUCAUCCAGUUCAAGCCGUGCGUCACGGACUUUCCACAGCCGAACUGCCCAGUCAUCGUCAGCGCGGGAAACCGCGAGUUGAACUUCCGCAUCAAGGUCGCCAACAACCAGGUCAAGGAGGGCAUCUUCAAGGUCACACGGAUGAGGUGUUGGAGGAUAACAACGCAGAUUCCAGAAACUAACGGUGCCAAUGCUCACGGAGACAGCAAGGACCUAAAACCCAGGCUGGAGGUGGCAUUUGAGUACUUGGUCGCAAAGGACAAACUGCAAUGGAUCACUAUUGAGUCUGACCAGGCCAUCCUCAUCAGCAUGUGCUUACAGGGGAUGGUGGAUGAACUCAUCAUGAAGAAGCAAGGAGGAAGAAUUAAGAGGCCACAGGACAGGGUGAAGCGCAGCCAGAGUAGACAGUUCCUGAGGAAGGAUGGGAAGACUGCCCUCCCCAAGUCCAUCUCUGCCCCAGGGCAUCUUGGGACGCCGGACACCAACGGAGACGAGAGCGUCAGCGCGGCGCAGAGGGCGAAGGACUCUGUUCGCAGGAUAUCGGACAAGUUCUCAUCUGUGACCCUGAAAACGAGUAGUCGGAACACGCGAGGGCCGGCGGCGCUUGUGGAAAACGAUGUUUUCGAGGAUUCCUAUAUCGGAGACGAUGACCUGUGAUGCAUAUACAAGGAAUAAACAAAUUUCUUCCAAAUUUUGUAAAUUCCAACAGUUAAACAAGUUGUAAGGUAUUGCUUGUUUACCAUUAUCCGUGGGGUAACCCAUAUUAAACAAAAAGGUAUGUAGCAAUAUGAAGUCGAUAGAAAGUGCAAUAUUUUGAAAAAUUGCUUUUUGACUACUGUAAA